AUGGAUAAAUUCUUCUUCGAGGAGGCGUGGUACCAGGCUGAUAAUCAAUGGGGCAGUCGUAAGGACGAUGUGGUGGUAAGGUCUCAGGCUGCUUUUCGCAGAAUAGAUCUGAAUAGUCUUGUAAAACCAGGACGAUGCCCCCAGAUAAGGUCAAAGUGCACAGACACAAACCCCCAGCCGAGGUGUCAGAACGAUAGUGACUGUCCCAGUAAUAAGAAGUGCUGCGAUAUCUGUGGGAGGAGCUGCUGGGCUCCCGAUCCUGAGCCUUUUGGAUCCUGCCCCGUGACCAAGGACGUUGCGAAGCCUCCUUGCUCUGCAGUGCUCUGUAGCCGAGAUGCGGAUUGUGCGGCUGAUGAAAAGUGCUGCGUUUCUGACAACAGCCAAAAAUGUGUCCAACCUUACCCAGUUGUGCAGAGCGCCUGCCCCCGAUUUAACCCGGUAGGGUGUUCAUCCGGUAAAGUGAGGGAUGACUGCAUCUUCGAUGUUCAGUGUCCAAGAAACAAAAAAUGCUGCUGCACGGCCUGUGGACGGAAGUGUGUGACCCCAGCACAGGUGAAGUCGGGAAGAUGCCCCAACAUACCAUACAUGUGUCUCCCAUCCCCUCCCGAUCCAAUGUGUGAGACUGAUACGGACUGCCCCGGAGAGGAGAAAUGCUGUAAUAUAUGUGGGUUCACCUGUCACGCCCCGGAACCAGAGCCACUGGGUGUGUGUCCGGCCUCACAAGUCAAGGAAAAGAUGUUGGAUUGUCCAUCCAUUCGCUGUACCACUGACGAUGACUGCGGCAACAGGAAAAAGUGCUGCCUGUCCGUAGAUGGGAAAAGCUGCACGCUGCCUGUAGAGGAACUCUCUCCGUCUGGAACGCUCCGGGUGUGUCCGGCGUUCAACACCUCAGCUUGUCUGCCCAACAAAUCGUACCCCAAUGAAUGUCAAUGGGACAAGGACUGUCAGUCCUCAAAGAAAUGCUGCUGCUCGGCCUGUAGCCUCAAAUGCACCAUCCCUAAAGAAGUGAAGCCCGGGCGCUGCCCCAGACAGACUCUGAACCCCCAGGAAAUCCUCAAGGCCCCCAAGUGUAAGGAGGACAGAGACUGCCCCGGUGAUAUGAAGUGUUGUCCCGGCUCCAGAUGCUGGAAAACAAUUUCAGGGACACAAGCCAAAUGGUGGACAGGGCAGGUAAUGCGUGUUGGCUUGGUAGCUCCGAGCACUGGGACCCACACUGCUCACAAGAAUAGGGGGAUCUCUAUACCAAGUGUAAAGGAACGGUCAGUUGACCAAUGGUACCCACCCUCCCCAUAUGAGGAGAUUGAGAGUCCACCAUCUACACCCCUCCCGCCUCCACUGAUUGGAGCAGCAGCCAAGCGAAAAUGCAGUCCCUAUGCGACCGAUGGAGAUGGCCGAGUGCUGCACUUGGCUAUUUCUGUAAGUCCUGUAGAGAUUGAAUGGAGCAGCCGCCUGCAUGAUCCACCAUGA